CUGUCGGAGGUGAUCAAGGCCUUCGGGGCGACCGAGAACGCGCAGCGCAUGGAGGAAGCUCGGGACAACGCCUGCAACGACAUGGGCAAGAUGCUGCAGUUCCUUCUGCCCGUGGCCACCCAGAUCCAGCAGGACGUGAUCAAAGCCUACGGCUUCAGCAGCGAUGGCGAAGGGGUCCUGAAGUUCGCCCGGCUGAUCAAGUCCUACGAGUCGCAGGACCCGGAGAUCGCCAGCAUGUCGGGCAAGCUCAAGGCCAUGUUCCUGCCGCCCAUGACGCUGCCGCCGCACGGGGCCGGGACCGGCGGAGUGGCGACCUCCUGAGACCGGGGACCAGUCUUGCCUCGACGGGUCGCGGGGCCUCUGGCUGGUGCCCUCCUUCCAAGGUGCGAGUCCCUUCGGCCCCAGGAAUGGAGCACUUGAACAAGGGAGGCGCUGACCUGAAAGGAACGGGAUGCUUUGUGACUGCUUGUGUGUCUGCUCGUGAAUAAAAAACGUCUUGAAA